CUUUCAAAAACAAAAGGUAGAUAAGAGACAAAAGGUUUCAUUCUUUUGAGUUCUUGAUCAGCCUUCCACUGAAUACACAAUUUAGUGAAUCUGUUUUUACAGAAGCAAUAGGGGAGAGAAAGUCAGAUACACAUCUGUCUCAGGUGAACCUCAGAGGGAUAGAAUUUGACUUUGAAUAGAAUGGGAGGCAGGUUUGCCCUAAGCAGUUUCCACCUUGACGUUUCCCUUUACCUUAGUGACUUGGAGUUCCCAAGAUUUAUUUUCCUUUCACAGCCAUCUCUACAAAUAAAUUAGUGGGGCAUGAUGGACUGUUUGGGUGGCUGUAAUCCUAAGUAUUUGGUUGCCUGAGGAAGGGUGAUUGUCAUUUGAGUUUGUGAGGUGGAGGUUGCAAGGAGCUGAGAUUAUGCCACUGCACUCCAGCCUGGGUAACAGAGUGAGACCCUGUUUCAAAAAAAUAUAAUACAUUUUAUUUAAAACAUAAAUCUUGAGUAUUGGAUACCUCUGAGACCUGCAGAAAUGGCCCCACUCUGAGCGCUUCCCCCAACCUUUGCUUGAAAACAAUGCAGAGCUUCUGUCUUGAAAAAUAAGACAUGCUCCCUUAUUAUUUUGUAAUACUUUAGGAAAAGUUUUUAGGGUGGUGAGGGGGGAACAGAAAAAACAAACAAACUUCAUAAUUCCCCACAUCUUUUUGUAUAGUUAUACAUAUGUCAUUUUAUAUGAAAUUGUGAAGAGAUUCAUAAAUGUAUUCUUCAGACUUUUUCUUUUUUGCUGUCACCUCCUCUCCUGGUCAUUAAGUCACGAAAUAACCCAGCCGAAAAGUAUUGGACCUGUUACAGAAGUGUAUGAGAUAGUCCAGUCAGGGGACAGAAACCAUCGAGUAAUUUGAACAGGGAAUGUUUAAGGCAUUAAUAACUAGCAGGAUUAGCUACCAAGGAAUAAAGCAAUAGCAGACACAGGGAGCAGCUUCCUCGCCUAGGGCUAAAGUGAGGUGCUGAAGGAAGGGACAAAUUUAGUAGAAUUACUCCCCUCAAGACAGAUUCAGAUUGUCAGGGGGUAUGGAUAUAGCCAAGAAGUUGGCUAAAGUGCCCCAUCAGUCUGGCAAGUGGGAACCCACCUAUGGGGUAUCACUGAACUCACUGAGAAGUUGGCAGGGGUGCCCAUGAAACUCGGUAGGAAGCUGCCCACAGGGAUUGACUGAAACUUGCUGAAAAGCUGGCUAGAAUGUCUGCGGAAGUAGCUGGGGAGUGGCCAGAGGGGCUGCUCCUGGGUGUCUAGUACACUAGCUAGGAGCUGCAGGAGCGAGAAGAAAGAGAAGCACACUAACCAGAGGCCCCUUCUCUGGCAGUAUCCAUCUAGCACCCUCUGCUGACAGUGCUAAAAAUUGUGCCAGGUGGCAAAGGAGGUGUAUUUUCAGUAGUGCAUGCUGUGUGACGAGGGGUGAAGUUGUAGCUGAGAAGCAGUAUGUUGAUAACUGGCACAGGGACGAAAGAGAUUCUACUCCAAAGGAACUAUAGGAUCUAACAGGCCAUAUACAAGCAGGCCUGGGAGAGUACCUAUGGGUGGGCUGGGUCUAAGGGUGCUGGAUCAAGGCAGGUGGAACUAAGGUUGGAUAAGGGAGAGUUUAUUGAUGUGGGAUCACUUCAGAGACACUAGAUUUGAGCAUCCAAUGAAGAUUCUAAGUGAUGGUGCUAACAUACCACCGGGAUGACUCUUAGUUCCUUGUAGGAGAGGGUUCACACUAAGUAGAAACGUUAGAACUGCCAGGGCAGAUGGUAAAAGAAGGCAUAGAAAGCCAGGAGAGGUGACCAUGCUAGGAUGGCCAUAUUGUGGAGGGCUGGGAAACUCAGCAGGUAACAAUGUUCUGCAGAAGGGCACUCUGGGUGCUGUAUUUACCAAAGCAAUCAUGAGUGUGCUGAUGAGGGAGUGGGCAGCAUCAGCUUCACUGACAGUCUCAGUGGUGUCCUCUGUGGACCAGGGCUGAUGAUAGGAGAUGCCUCCUGAUAACAGGGAGGGAGAUAGGAUCCUGACAUAGAGGCCAGGUGGUGGUGCCUGUCAGAAGCAGGGUAGGCAUAGUUCUCAUAAAGUGACUUGAGACCUGGAACUGACUGACUGAAGGAAAGCCCAGGUCCCCAGGAAGAAGGACUGUGCAAGUGUAUAUGGCAGUUUUUCCUCCUGUCUUUCCCCCAGGGGAACCUGUGGCCAUUUACUCUGGGAACUUAUACAUGGGGGGAGGGGAAAUACUGAAACAUUCCUAUGAUAUUGAUACCUGGAGACCUAGAGUAUCACCAUAGUUCCUCUGUUGGAGGCAUGAGGACUCAAGCAAUAAAUGGAAUCUUGACCCAAAUUACAUCAUAAUGGGAGGGCUCACUCCAAAGCCAUUUUUCAAGUCCCCAAAUGUUAUUUGGAAUGAACAGACUAUUAGAAGAACCCUCAGAUACUGGUUCCUUGGCCUGAGGAUAAGAGCUCCCAUAGUGAGUAAGCUAAAGUGGAUAACGCUGAAACUGCCUUCCCAGCAAAGAUAGUGAAUUAUAGCAAUAUAGCAACCUAGGAGAAAUGGCAGAAGUUAGUGCCAUCUUUAAACACAGGAUUCAGGGCACAGGGUGGUCCCUGUCAUAUAUUCACUUAAUUAGGUGCCUACAGAAGUCAGAUCCUACAGAAUAACAAUUGACACCACAAAUAGUUAUGACCAAGUUAUAGCCCUAAUGACAGCUGCUGGGCUGGAUAUGGCAUAUGCAAUUAACAAGGCCUCAGGUAUAUGAAAUGCAGUUAUCAAUUUGGUGAACAUAUUCUUUGCCAUCCCUGCAGAAGUAUUCACUCUGAAUGGACAAUAUAAAUUUGCACCUUGCCCCAGGGCUAUGUUAUCCAGCCACCCACUGUUUUGAUGCCAUCAUGCCAAUCAGACAGCAUAAGCAAGAAAUGGCAAGUUUGUUAGAUGUCUUGCUGUCCAACACAUGGGAGAUAAACUCACAGAUAUUCUGGGCCCCACCACAACCAUGAAGUUUUUGGAAGUUCCGGUGGUCUGGGGGUAUGUAGGAUGACCGCUUGCAAGUAAAGGACAAGUUAGUGCCUUUUUUUUUUUUUAAAGAGACUAUCUCACUGUGUUGUCCAGGCUAGCCUCAAGCUCUUGGGGGCAAAGUGAUCUGCUUCAAUCUCCUGAGUAGCUGGAGCUACAAGUGCACACCUGGCUAAAUUACUGCAUUUUUAAGAAUGACGAUGCCAACUGGCAAAAUCAUCCUGCAACGUGGUUAAUCACAUUGACGGUUAAGAAUGAAGCAUGACACCUGAUAGGCAUCUCUGGGUUUGGGGAGUGGAGGCAGCAUAUUCCACAUUUGGGAAUACUGACUGCAUAGGAAAGCAUCCUGUAAGAGGCCUAGGCUGUGAAGCAAGUGGCCCAGGUACUUAGACUUCUAGCCCAAUGGACCUUGUGAUGUUAGAGGCAUCUGUAGUGGGAAAAGAUGCAGUGUGAAGCUCAAGGCAAACUCCUAGAACUCUGGACCACGGCAAUGCCAUCUGCAGAAAAUUAUAAAUAAACAAAGCUGUCAUGCUACUGGCCCCUGUAGAGAUGGAGCAUGAGGCCAUGGUGAUAUCAAGUGACCAUGAGCCAGAACUGCCAGCAUGAGCUGGUCCUGUCAGACCCACCAAGAGGUAAGUGUGCAGCUGUUCAUUGCAAGUUGGAAGUGGCCCAUUUAGUAUUACCUACAAGCAGGCACAAACAACCAAGCUUCUUGUGUGGCCCACAGCCCAUGACAUCAUCGGUGCUGGCACUGGUACUUCUAAAGGGGCAGCCUGAAGACCAGCUGGUGGAGGCAGGAAAGUUCGAGCUUGGUUCAUGGUGAGUAGGCUCUGAACAGCCUGAUUUAAGCAGCCCUGGAAGACAGUGCUCAGGGAAAACCCAAUAGGUAGAACUUUGGGUGGUACCCUUGACUACCUACUUCAUGUGGAAGGAGUAGUGGCCCCAAUGUUAACACAUUUGGAACUCUUGGGCAAUGGUUAGUGGCUUGACAGGUUGCUCAGGUACCUGCAAUAAGGAAGAUGGGAAGAUGAGGGACUUCCUGGAGUAAGGCAUGUGGAGGGAUCUUUGGCAACAUGAAGUACCUCCCACCCAAGAACAUUUACCAUGAGGACAUGCCAAACCACAUUCAUGGGAUGGCUUGACCAAUUGACAUUACUAGCCUCUGCCAUCUCCUGUGCCCGUCCUGGCACACUGGGCUCUCUCAUGGAGUAACCAUGGGGUGGGUAGAGGCUGUGCGUGGCCCAUAGCAUGGUGCUCUCCCUUACCAGAGCUCACCUAGCUAUUUCUCUGCCGAACAUCCUGUCUUCCAACAACAAAGACCAAACACUGAGUCCCCAGUUGCAGCUUCCUUGGAGGGAAACAGUCAUUUGACAACAUUGAACCCCUUAUGCCGUAGAAGGUACAGUGAUUCAUCUUGGCUGGAACCAACACGUGUUACAGGCAUGGGUGUGCCUUUCCCAUUCUCAUGGAUUCAGUCAGCUCCAUCAUCCGAGUUUCACAGAGCGUUUGAUCCACAGGAUCCUGCACAUGGCCAAGGAACUACGCCAGUGGGCACUGGGAGGGGGAGCCACUGGCUGCCUCACAGCUGCACACCAAGAAGCUGCCAACCUGAUGGAACAGCAGGAUGGUCUGUGGAAGGCCCAGCUCACCUCAUAUGUAGCCUGGAGGUGACACCUGCGAUGAAGCAGUCACCUCUGGGGUGUAGUCUGCACUGCAGAUCACUGACCACUACGUGGUGCAGUGUCCUCGGUUUGUGUAAUAAAUGGGCCUGGGAACAAAAAUGUGAAAGUCAUCACUCCCAGUGACCCACUUAGAAAUCUGUAUUUCUACCCCACAUGCCUCUGGGUUCUUAAGGUUUAAAGGUCUUGACUCUCAAAGGGAAAACCUUUGCAGCAGGGGCACAGGAAGAAUGCCACUUAAUUUCCAGCUGUGGCUGCUGCCUGGUCAUUUCGAGCUCCUUGUGCCAAGAAACUGGCUGGCAAGGAAUGUAACUUCCAUCUUCUAGGGUGACUGACCGUGGGCACCAGGAGGAGGUAGAGCUGCUACUACAUAACUGGGGGCAGGGGAAGCACCCAGGUAAUGUGGUUGGCCACCUCAUGGUCUCCUGCCCACAUUUGAUGGCAAAUGCAGGACCUAUGGCCAGAGAAGGGCAUGGUGGCCCAGGGUUUACCUCUCAGGGAUGAGAGUUUGGGUUAUCUGAUCAGGUAAGCUAAGCUACAUAGAUCAGUAGGGGAGAUAGGCAAGGGUGAGGAGACCCUAGCAUGGGCAGUAGAGGAAGGAGAUGAAUGAAAUUUGCAACCUCGAAGCCAGCUGCAGCAACAAGAUGUAGUUUUAUCCCAGUACCUUCCUUUUAUAAAUUUCCCCAGGAAAAGGCCCACCAGAAUCCUGCCAGACUGCACCCAGAAUGUCUCUGAAGCAAGUGGCCAUGAGCAGCGCAGUGUGGACUGUAGUAAGCGCUGUGGCAGCCAUAUUCCCCCUUUAGUACUGAAGCACUGUCCCUGCUCCUGGGACAACCCCUCCCCUUGAUUGCCUGGCUACAAAGAGCUUCUUUGCCCAUGGGCCCACCACUUCCCCAGGAAUGACUGGUCCAGUGACUAGUUUGUGCUGGGGUAUAAAAGCCCAGCUCCCUUGCCCCAGUGGGAGACACCUCUGCAGGACCAUGCUCUGCCCAGGGCAGGCCUUUGAGUGGCUACAUCCUAACCAUUGUCGUCCUUGGUUGGGUUCUGCUUCCUUCACUCUCCAAUCACCUUUUCAAAUGCAAGCCUUCAUCACAGAAGUGGUCUCCCAGGGGACCCAACCUGUGCCAGUGUAUGUGCCUAACAUCUUCAUGUGCAUAAAUGGGGAGAUUUGGUCAUUAUUUCUUAAAAUGAGGUCAUCGCCUUCAGCCAACCUAUAAUUGGGAGUCAUUUUCCCCCCCAGCAAUCUAUGUUUUAACAAGGUCAUUCUUUUUAGUGGAUAGUGUGUAAUUUAUUUCUCAGUUUUCUUCUGAUUGGUAUCUAUUUUCAGUCCUUUGUCGUAAUGGACAAAGGUCUGAAACGUUUUGAUUUAAACCUGUUUACUGUUGGAUAUAUUUCUGCGAAACAGCUAAGAGUGAGAUUGUUUGGUUAGAGAUUAUUUGGUUAAGAUGAUUGAUAUUAUUUUCGAUCUGUUUUUGUUGAGGCGAGAGCACUCUCUCAUAUAUGUAUGACUGAGAUGCAUAUAUAAAUGUAUAACAACACACAUACCCUAAGUUAAGUGUUUAGGUCAAAAUUUCACAAACCUACAUCCAGUUCAAGAAACAUCGCUAGCAUUCCCAGAGGCCUAUCUUGAGCUCCCUGUGAGUCACUUUCUCCUCCCAACUCCCAAGAGUGAUGUAUGUAUUGUUAAUUUUAAUAAGUCUUGACAGUUUGCCUUCUAGAAAGAUUCUAACUAUCUACAUUUUUACCAGCAAUGCAUGAGACUAUCUCUUUCCCUCUGUUUCCAGUUAUAGUUAAUUUGCAUUUCCCUGAAUAUCGUAUUUGUUUCCUGUUUGGAUUUUCUAUUUUGUGUAUUGCUUCUUCCUAUCCUUUGCUUCUUUUUCUGUUGAGUUGUUUGUCUUACCUUGUAAAUGUAUAAGAAUUUGUUGCAUAAUAUAGCAAUUAACCCUUAGUCACUCUGGUUCCAAAUAGUUUUCCCAACGCAUUUCUUUUCUUUUUGAUGUGGUGCUAGUUGUACCAGCCCUAUUAAUUAAUAUGUCCUUUUCUAUUGAAUUGAAAUACUAUCUUUGUUAUAUGUAGUCUUGGGAUCAGUCUCUGGGUUGUCUGUUCUGUUCUAGAGGUCUUUUCUCUCUCUUUUUUUAAAACUUACAUUUCUUGUCUCUUUUUACUUUGAAAUUGUUUCAUUAAAUUAAAAUAUCCCUGUAGGGUCUCCAAUUGGAAUUGUCUUAAAUUUGGAAGAAUUAAACAUUUUGUGAUAUAUAUCCUAAUGCUAUGUCUUCUCAUUUUACAGAUCUUGUUUUAUGCCAUUUAAUAAAAUUUUAUGUUUUCAUCGUUAAGGGCCUUGUAUCUUUUCUGUUAUAUUUAUCCUAAGUGUAAUGUUUUUAUAUUGUAAGUGAAAUACUUUCCCCCGUUUGCAUUUCUAGGUUGUUAUUGUUCCUGCAGGGGAAAUGUAUGUCACAGUGGUUAAGAGUACAGACUCCCAAAUCAUACUGCCUGGGGUUGAAUCCUGGUUCUGUCACUUACUGUUCAGCCCAGGCUUAUUAAAAUUAAAACAAAAUCUAAGUUAGAAGUUUAUAUUAAUGAUGUUUUACUGAAACUUUAAUUGUUCCACUGCAGUAUUCAAAGAAUCUCCCUAAACCUUUAAUACUUUUAAGGUUUCUAUAAAUGUUGACCUUAGGUUUUUAGAGUUAUGUAUUCAAAUGCAAAUGCCAAAUAAUGAUUUUUAAUAAACAUUUUAUGAUUAUAUAGAUCUGCAGUUAACUUGGUACUUUACGUAAAUAUUUAUUGCAAUGAUACUAAGCAUUUUAAUUGUGAAUUUUAUUACAUUGUUUUAAUUAAGUUAAUAAUGAGUUAAUAAGCAUGAUUAUAGAGGAUAUUUCAGUGUUUAGUUAACUGUAUGACCUUGAUUUCAAUGUUUCUUUAAUGCCCCAUGUUUGUUUUUUGUUGUUUUAAAAGCUAUGGAAGUGAUAAACAAGUCCAGUGUUAAGUAUUCAGUACAACUUGAAGAUGGGAAGAAUCAGUCAGAAGAAAAGAAUCUUAAAUCUUUAGCAAGUCAGACAUCAAGAGGUUCCACCAAGCUCUCUCCUCAGGCCUUUGGUGUCAGGCUCACAGAUCAGCUGCUGUCAAUCGACCAAAAACAGAAGAGCAUCAGCUCAUUGACUCUUUCCAGUUGUUUAGCUCCACAGUAUAAUCGAGAGGCUUCCGUUCUACAGAAAAAGGAACAUAAAAUAAUGUAUUUCCUAACAGAGAAUAUAAAUAAUGAAAAUAAAGGAAGCAUUAAUUUUAAAAGAAAACAUAUUACAUCUAAUAAUUCAUCAGAGAAAAUAAGUAAACAAAUGGCGUUGGAAGAUACUGAUGAGGCUGAAGCCUACCUGAAUUCUGGGAACUCAGGAGCGUUAAAAAAUCAUUUUUGUGAUAUUAGGUAUUUGGAUGAUUGGGCAAAAAGCCAGCUGACUGAAAUGCUCAAACAGGCAGCAGCCCUGGUGGUAACUCUAAUGUAUACUGAUGGUUCCACCCAGUUAAGAGCCGACCAGACUCCCAUUUCCUCUGUUAGAGGAAUUGUGGUGUUACUAAAAAGCCCAGCAGAGGGUGGCCGUGGGUGUCCAGAUGCCCCGGCCUGUGGCCCUGUUCUGGAGGGCUUUGUGCCGGGUGAUCCGUGUAUCUACAUUCAAAUAGAGCGCUCUGUUCUCUGGGACCAAAAACAGGAGGCACAUCGUCAAUUUGCCCGGAAUGUGCUGUUUCAAACACUGAAAUGUAAAUGUCCUGUUAUUUGCUUUAAUGCUAAGGAUUUUGUGAGAAUAGUGCUGCAGUUUUUCGGUAAUGAUGGCAGUUGGAAACAUGUUGCUGAUUUUGUAGGGCUAGAUCCCAGAAUUGCUGCAUGGCUUAUAGAUCCUAGUGAUGCUGCACCCUCUUUUGAAGAUUUAGUAGAAAAAUACUGUGACAAAUCCAUUACGGUUAAAGUGAGCAGCACAUAUGGAAAUUCCUCAAGAAACAUUGUGAAUCAGAACGUACGUGAGAACCUGAAGAUACUCUACAGACUUACGAUGGACCUUUGCUCUAAACUGAAGGAUUAUGGUUUAUGGCAACUAUUUUGUACUUUGGAGCUUCCUCUGAUACCAAUUUUGGCAGUGAUGGAAAGCCACGCCAUUCAGGUGAACAAAGAAGAGAUGGAGAAGACAUCCUCACUUCUUGGGGCUCGUCUCAAGGAAUUGGAACAAGAAGCUCAUUUUGUUGCAGGAGAACAGUUUCUUAUAAUGAGCAAUAAUCAGCUUCGAGAGAUCCUCUUUGGCAAGUUAAAGCUGCACCUGCUGAGUCCAAGGAACAGUUUCCCCAGAACGGGGCUGCAGAAAUACCCGUCCACAUCAGAAGCAGUGUUAAAUGCUCUGCGAGAUCUUCAUCCAUUACCCAAGAUAAUUUUGGAAUACAGGCAGGUUCACAAGAUCAAGGCAACCUUUGUAGACGGAUUACUAGCUUGCAUGAAAAAGGGCUCCAUUUCCUCUACAUGGAAUCAGACUGGAACUGUGACUGGAAGACUUUCAGCCAAACAUCCUAAUAUCCAAGGUAUCUCCAAGCACCCAAUUCAGAUUACGAAACCUAAGAAUUUUAAAGGUAAAGAAGACGAGAUUCUCACCAUCUCCCCGAGGGCCAUGUUUGUUUCAUCCAAAGGCCACACCUUUCUAGCAGCAGAUUUUUCACAGAUUGAAUUGCGCAUUCUUGCACAUUUAUCUGGGGAUCCAGAACUUCUGAAGUUAUUCCAGGAAUCUGAAAGAGAUGAUGUAUUUUCUACUCUGACUUCACAGUGGAAGGACGUGCCCGUGGAACACGUAACACAUGCAGACAGAGAGCAAACCAAGAAGGUGGUGUACUCGGUGGUCUAUGGAGCAGGAAAGGAGCGGCUUGCCGCUUGCCUUGGAGUUCCUGUUCAGGAAGCUGCCCAGUUUUUGGAGAGUUUUUUGCAGAAGUACAAGAAAAUCAAGGACUUUGCCCAAGCAGCUAUUGCUCAGUGCCACCGGACAGGUUAUAUGGUGUCCAUCAUGGGCAGAAGGAGACCCCUGCCGAGGAUUCGUGCUCGUGACCAGCAACUCCGGUCACAAGCAGAGCGACAGGCAGUGAACUUCGUGGUGCAAGGCUCCGCCGCUGACCUCUGCAAGCUGGCCAUGAUCCGUGUCUUCGCUGCAGUGGCCGCUUCCCGCACCUUGACAGCCAGGCUGGUGGCCCAGAUCCAUGACGAGCUGCUGUUUGAAGUGGAAGACUCGCAGAUCCCGGAGUGUGCAGGUAGCCCGGGGCAGCACAGGGUUGCCUGGACUUCACAAACGGCUAAGGGGAAGCUCCAUGGCCCAUGGCACAACCCAGGAAAGCCCUCCCGGCUGUCAGCCCUUUUACGGCACCUGCUCUGCCUCGUGCUGCUGUGUCACCUGGGUCCUGGCAGGCAGAGGGGCCAGCCUGAGUGUGGGGACCCUUGAAAGGCCUAAGUGGGCUCCAGCCUGGGCCACCAGCCUCCCCGAGAGCACCGGGUGCUCUAGCUGACUGGAGCUCCGGAGAGCAGCUGCAGACACCCAAGGCCUCCAUGUCUUCGGGGUCUGGAAAGGUGGGGAGUGGGCACCGGUAUCACCCAGGCUGACUGGGGACCAGGCUGCAGAGCUGGCAGCAGCUGUUCUUGUUGGGGUGUUGGAGUCCCUGAGGUUCCCCAGGCUCCUCAGGCCUGGGUCUCAUCCUGCCCCACAGGCCACCCCUCUCUGCUGAGCUACAUGGCCCACAGGUGAGUGAGCUCAGGCAGAGUCACCCCCAGCCAUCAGCCCAAGGGGUUCUUUGAAGCCAGGGAUCUCUCUCUCCCUAGGGAGGGCCAGGACCUCCCCACAACACCUAGCCACUGGUCCCAUGGAGGCUCCCAUUGUGGCCUCAUGGGUGAGAUGGGAGAGCAGGUGCCCACGUGGAGCUGUGCCCCUGGCUCUCCAGGCCAGGUCUGUAACCGGCUGGGGCAGCUUCAUGGGUUGGGAGAAGAGGCACAGGGGGCAUCAGGUCUGGAAGCUUCGGGCACCAAUUCCCGGGGGGCAGUCGCCAUGCCCUCCUAGCCCCACCCUCUCCAGUUCUUACCCUUAGGGGUGUGAGGCUCCCAUCCCCAGUGCUCACCCAUCCUGCUCCAUCCUAAAGCAGGGCUCUGCCACUUGAAAACUAUGUCCAGCAACUCAUUUGAAAACACACUCAUCUUACGUGACCAUUUAACAAGUAUAACGUGUGCUCAGCUAUAGGUUAAAAAAGGAAAGAAAACGUUCCCAAAUGGCCUUGUUCCUGGGAGCAGCUUCCUCCAGCUGGCCUGGCAGCUCCUGAGGCAGGCGGCAGCCCGCGCCCUGCUCUCAAGAGCACUCAGGGCCAGGGACUGCAGGGCCUGGGGAAUCAGGGGUCGGGUGGGGCCUGCACUAUCCCUGAAGGGUGGGAGUCAGGUCCUGCCUCCCAGGCAGUGUCUAGCGCCUGGUGUCUCUGCCCCGCCUGCCCUCCCAAGGGCCCCAUAGGGAGCGCCCCAGCUGAGUGCCAGCCCAGCCCCACACUUGCUGCCCCUCUCUGAGCAGCAGUUGCUGGGGAUCACACACUCCGUCACCAGCACCACCCCACCAUGUACGGAGGAGGAACCCGUUCUCUGCACACCCAGGGUAGCUCCAGCCAGCAUGGGUAGCCAACCAUCCAGUUUGGACUAGGCCACCUUUCCAGCCUUGCCCCCAUAACAAGCUCCCCAGGAUGGCUGGGGGCCCUCUGCAGGGCUCCCCACCAUGCACACAGCCCGCGUGCCCACCUGCUGGCCGACAGCUCCCUGCAGACAGUGACCUGCUCCUUCACAGAGGACACUGAGGGCCACAGAGUGCAGGCAGCCACGAGCCCUGCUCACAACACACCAGGCACAGGUCCCCAGGGAGGCUCCGGCUCUGCUGGGGCCAGGAGGGCUGGAAAGUGAGGCAUCGCCCACCACGGCUCGCAGCUCCUGCCACCGCCUUUGUGUUGCGGUGUCACACAGCCCAAAAGGACUAAACGAAUGUUUAUCCACGGGCCCGAGGAUUCAGAGUGAGCCCAGAGAAAGCCUGAGCUUGUGAGUCCUGCCCCCCAUCCCUGCCCAGGCCUUCCCUUUCUCAGGGCUCUGAGCCCCAGUGCUGCACAGUGACCUAGGUCCCCACAACGGGGCCAGCCCACCCGUGGCACAAAGCCACGAUUGCAUCAGACUUCACCCAGCAGUAGUGGGGAUGGGCUUCCUGCAGGCCUGGUGGCUCUGGCUGGUGGGGGCUACCUGUGCCUCCCCCUCCUCCCAGCCCCAGAGCUUCUGGAACAGAGCUGGCAUGACACCUGUCCCAUCCCACGGCCCCCAGCUGGGGCAAGCUGACCCCAAGGGGUGGGGUGAGGGCCAGUGCAGCAUGGCAGGCCAGU